GAACGUCAAGGAAUGUUGAACGUGUUCGUCGUUUAUUUCGUUGGUGCAUAUGCACGUGUGUAGGAAAGGUGGAACGUGUGUGUAGUGAUGAUUUGUGUGUAAUAUAGAUCUGUAGAAAAUUCGUGAAACCAGCAGAAAUGGCCAUGUAUAAUUUUAAGAAAAUAGCUGUGGUCCCACCGUCAAAGGACUUCAUUGAUAUUAUUCUAUCAAAAACACAGCGUAAAACACCGACAGUAAUCCACAAACAUUAUAAGAUAUCUCGCAUUCGCCAAUUUUACAUGCGCAAAGUGAAGUACACUCAGCAGAACUUCCACGACAGGCUUUCUCGGAUUAUACAGGAAUUCCCAAAGUUAGAUGAUGUACAUCCAUUUUAUGCAGACUUGAUGAACGUUCUAUAUGAUAAAGAUCAUUAUAAGCUGGCUUUGGGUCAGUUGAACACAGCUAGGCAUCUGGUGGACAACGUAGCAAAGGAUUAUGUUCGCCUUUUGAAGUUUGGAGAUUCUCUAUACCGUUGUAAGCAGCUGAAGAGAGCAGCUUUGGGCCGGAUGGCCACUAUAAUGAAACGGCAGAGCCAGAAUUUGCAAUACCUGGAGGAAGUACGUCAGCAUCUGGCUCGACUUCCAUCCAUUGACCCAUAUACCAGAACUAUCAUCAUUUGUGGAUUCCCAAACGUUGGAAAAUCCAGCUUCAUUAACAAGAUUACUCGAGCUGAUGUGGAGGUUCAGCCAUAUGCAUUCACAACAAAGGCAUUAUAUGUAGGCCACACAGACUAUAAGUACCUACGCUGGCAGGUCAUUGAUACACCUGGAAUCCUGGACCACCCACUAGAGGAUCGUAAUGUAAUUGAGAUGCAGGCUGUGACAGCACUGGCUCACCUGCGUGCUGCUGUGCUGUAUGUGAUGGACCUCUCUGAGCAGUGUGAUCAUACCCUUGAAGAUCAGGUGAAGCUGUUUGAGAGCAUCAAGCCCCUCUUUGUGAACAAGCCUCUGCUAGUGUUGCUGAACAAAGCAGAUAUAUUGAAGCUGGAUGAGCUGAUCCCUGAAAAGCGAGCUCAGCUGGCACCCAUUGAAUCUGAGGACAUCCCUGUUAUGGAGAUGAGCACAGUUACCGGGCAAGGUAUCAUGGAAGUUAAGCAGGAGGCAUGUGAGAGACUUCUUGCAUAUAGAGUUGAGAUGAAAGUGAAAACAAAGAAGGUGGAUGGUGUUCUGAAUCGGCUGCAUGUUGCCAUGCCAACACCAAGAGAUGAUAAAGCUCGGCCACCUUGUAUACCAGAAAGUGUGCUAAAACGUCGCCAGGAGGCUGCAGAUUGUGGAGUGAAGCGUAAGCUGGAGAAGGAUUUAGAGGAGGAGAUGGGAGAUGACUAUGUUCUAGAUCUUAAGAAGAACUAUGACUUGCCAGAGGAUUACAAGUAUGACAUCAUUCCUGAAAUCUGGGAGGGACACAACGUAGCGGACUACAUAGACCCAGACAUCUUUGAGAAACUGGCACAGUUGGAAGCAGAGGAGGCUGUACGUGAGGAGGCAGGCUACUAUGCAAUUCCAAAGAUUGAGAUGGAUGACACCCUAAAAGAGAUUCGGGAGCUUGCCCAUCAGAUCAGAGACAAGAAGAUCAUCAUGAGACAGGAACGGGCCAUCCAGAAGAACUCCACCAAACCUGUAGUACCUCGCACAGCUCCUGCCAAGGUUCGUGACCGUAGUGUGUCACGCUUGCGCUCUGAGAUGGAAGAACUUGGGGUGGAUAUGUCUGAGACCAGUGAUGCCCACUUCACCAAAACUCGACGCAGAGUGCGCUCUUUGUCUCGUCCACCAACAAAGCGCAUGCGAGUUGAUUCAGAAGGUCAGUCCAGGAGUAUGUCACGGCCCCCCAGAGAUGAAAUGGGCAUCAAGGACAGUGUUAUGAAAAAGAAGUUGAAGAAGGUUGCCCACAAAGCAAUUUCAAAGAAGGUUGGGAAGAAGGGUCUCAAGGGAGAAGCUGAUAGGUUCAUUGGCACUAAGAUGCCGAAACAUUUGUUUGCUGGAAAACGUGGUAUUGGCAAAGCGGAUCGUCGAUAAUGUACCAUUUUGUUCAUAUUAAAGGAGUUGUUUUUCUUUUGUUAA